AUGAAGCUGAACUCGUCUGCUGUGUCUCACUUCACUCUGUCUGCCUACGUGGACACUGGACCCUGGAGAUAUUUCUUCUUCCUGAUUGUUCUGUGUUUGUACGUGUUGAUCGUUCUUUCCAACGUGUUGCUGGUUGUGGUGAUCUGUGUGAACAGAAGUCUUCAUGAACCCAUGUACCUGUUUCUGUGCAGCCUGUUUGUUAAUGAACUGUAUGGUAGUACAGGCUUGUUCCCCUUCCUGCUGCUUCACAUCCUGUGGGACUCUCACACCGUCGCCGCUCCGCUCUGCUUCCUGCAGGUUUUCUGUGUUUACACUUAUGCCAGUAUACAGUUUAGUAAUUUAUGCGUCAUUUCUUAUGACCGAUACCUCGCCAUCUGUUGUCCUCUGCAGUAUAACACACGUAUGACCUCGAACACAGUCGUCAUGCUAAUUGCUCUGUCAUGGUUUUACCCAUUUCUUGCCAUUUGUAGUUUGAUUUCUCUGAGUGCGUCUUUGCGUCUGUGUGGAAACAUUAUUAAUAAAGUUUACUGUGAUAACUACUCCAUCGUAAAACUGGCCUGUUCAGACACCACAGUCAACAACGUUUACGGAAUAUUUUACACUUUUACCACAGUUGCUCUUGUAAUUUUGAUUCUUUACACGUACAUGAAGAUUUUAAAAGUUUGUUUUUCAGGUUCUAAACAGACGAGACAAAAAGCAGUCAGCACCUGCUCACCACACCUGGCAUCCAUCAUUAACUUCUCUUCUGGUUGUUUUUUUGAAAUUGUACAGAAUAGAUUUAAUAUGAAACAUGUCCCAAAUAUGUUACGCAUUUUUUUAUCAUUAUACUGGCUCACCUGCCAGCCGCUCUUUAACCCUUUGAUGUACGGACUGAAUAUAACCAAAAUCCGGAUCACAUGUAAAAAAGUUGUCUUUGGUAAAAUAUAAACACUUCAUGUUUAAUGCCUAUACUUUAUUUAUCUCAUA